UCUAUCUCAUCUGAACGCUUAACUUUUGCUCCACAGAAAAUAUAAACACGUGCAAAGUUGUAUACUACUUUUGAAUGCUGUCAGCAAACAAAGAACAUGCUUCACAAACAAUUCAGGAUACUGAUAUUAACUUCAUUUUUGUGAAAAAUGACCUGAUGAAUACUAAUGCCACUGAUCACCACAAGUUCAGUUUUUAUGAAUAUGAAGGAAUGUGAGAAAUGCCACAGGAAAUUAGAACAAGUGAACUGGACAAUGUGGAUGAUGUCUAUGGCUUAAACAUGUUUUCUAAGGUGAUGAUUUAUAGGCUGAAUCAGUUGUGUAAAUACAGGUGUGGAUGUUCUAAAUACACAGGCAUAGUACGACCUUCAGUCUGCACCAGUCAUACAUAUCGUCUACAGCUCAACCGGGCAUUGUGUUGUGUUGAUCAUGUUGCUUCUGGAGAUAUUUUCUCCAAAAAAAGAACAGUGCAACGUAUGGAGAAACUAGUGCCAAAACUUAUUAGAGGAGGGCAUCCAUUGGAUGUUUAUACUUUAAAAUCUACUUUGCAGGAAAAUAAACUAUUCAACGAAGAGUUCUUCCCAUAUUUCAUACUGAAAGCGGCCAUGGCAAAAGAGCAAUCCUUUGAAAAUGUUGAAAAGAUAGUGAAGGAUCUGAACGGCAGCAAGUUUGAUAUUCCAGAACUUUCCAUUCUUAUACGUAUCUACGAUAAUCAUAAGGAAAAUGAACUUGUGUUAUCUACAUACGAGCGUAUGUGCGAAAUCUCUGAUGGAGUCUUUGAUCAAGCAACUUUAAAGUAGUAAUGAGAGCUCUGGCUGGGACUAGUAAAUGGAGGGAAUGCUUCAGACUGCUGGAUUUGUAUCUUAUAAUCAAACCAGAUAUACCCAAUUGUUUUGAUUCCCUCCUUGCUGCAGCAGCUAAUGAAGGGGAUUUCCAUAUUUUCUGUGACAUUUUAGUUAAGAUAGACAAUGUGCUAAAAUCAGAUAUUCAACCUACAGAACAAGUAUUGCCAUUGUGUUUCAGUGCAUUUGUGAAUGCAUACUUGUCAGCACUAGAAAGAGGUGUGGAACAUUUCACACUCGAAAACCUGUUUUUCUUGAUGAGGAAGUACAAGUUUUAUAUUAAUGAAAAGAAUAUUGAGUCCCUAGUCACACAGCUGAAAAGGUCUGGCUAUUUGUGUCAUACUACAGAUCUCAUCGAUCCUUUGCUAAAGUACCCAGAAGUUAGGGGAUGGAAUCAGCUGCCAAGAUGUGAGGUUUGCAAUUUGGCUUUGAACAGAGAAGAGCUUACAAGUGAAGAGUUUGAGGAUCUGCGAAAUGCUUACUUCACUCAGGAUGGUGUAAAUGUUUAUCUCAAGAAUAAUCCUGUUGAAUCCAAGCUACUGGAAAAUCUAAUUAGUAUAAAGGGUCCAUUUGAUGUGGUCGUUGACCAUCUGAAUGCAUGUUUUGAUGGAAGCAGAUUGAAAACAGAAGUGAGUGUAUCCAUCUUAAAACAAUUAAAAAGCAGAGGCCUUAACUGUCUUGUGGUUACCAGGAAGAAGCAUUACAAAGCCUUUCCAGCUCAUCUGAAGACAGAACUUGAAAAAUGUGCUGCCAUAUUUAUUUCUAAAUCAGAGUCAUUAGAUGACUUAUUUGUAUUAGAUGCCACAUUUCACAGUGGAAUUAACACCAUGCUGCUGAGCAAUGAUAAGUUUCAUGACCAUGCAUGCCAACUUGGAUCUAAAAUGCAACAGGCUUUCUGGAGGUGGCAAAGGUGCAGACAGAUCCUGCGACUCCAUUCAUCUAGAGGCGAUAUACAUCUAUAUUUUCCUGAAAGUCCUGAUGUGUUUGUACAGAAAUCUGAAGAUGGAUGGCAUAUCCCAUAUGGAACAAACUCGUUUCAUUUCAGUGACAAGAAUGUCUUAUGUGUUAGGAGAAGUAGUAAUUUGAAAAUGAAAGUGUGAAAGGAAAUAUAAUGUUUUUUCAACUGUUUUUUGUUGCAUUUGUUUUGCAUAUUAUGAAAAUGUUACUUGGGAGAAAGGAAUCAUGGAACACUGACAUGGUAUAAAGAGUAUUUUAUUUAACUAGUCAUUGUAUAACAUUAGCCUCCAUGUACACGCAACUUGCCCUUCAGACCAUUUCUGAUGUGUUAACUCUAUCAGCUCUUGCAUAUAUAGUAUUAUUAAGGUGAACUCGCAUUUUAAUGAACAAUACAGAUUUAAACCUCCAUCUUUGCUACACCAUCAUCAUAUUAUCGUCUAUCAUUUCUUGAAAAGAAGCACACUCAACCAUCAAUAUCCGACAGUGUUCUUGAACAUUCUUUUACAGUUUUAUUCCACAUAAACCGCCAGGUAAAAUUGUAACUAAGAGUGGACAUCAGGUAGGAUAUAUAUAAUGGCCUUUGGGUCUAAAACCAUCGUUGUUUAUCAAUAAACUCAAGUUCAUUAUUACCUCCCUUUAUCAGGGGAGCAAUCUAUUCAAAAGUUAUGUCAGUAAUUGUAAGCAAAGCAGGUAAAAUUAAUCAAAGAACAAAUAUAUGUACUGCCCAGCUACAAUGUUGUUAAGGUGAAUUGCUGUUCUAGUAUUGUUCAUCUUCAAGAAAAGGAUUAAUUUUAGAUAUCAACAGAGAUUUGAUGGCCUAAUUCAAUAUUUAAAUUCAUGUUGGAGCCUGACUACAGUAACUUUUGAGGCAAUAAAUUGUUAUAUGUAGUAGCUGUGCAUGCACUCUCUUCAGGACGUUAUCUGUGGACAGAUUUAAUUGUACUUUUAAUUAAAAACAACAAUAAACGCUACAUAUUAAACACCUUGACUGGUUUUGUAAUCUGUAAUAUAUAUUUUGGUAUGCUAUGGUACCUGGCCUUGUGUUUAUGAAUAUUGUAACUUAUUGUAAUUCCUUAUUUUUUUGGAGUUAAAGAAAACAUGUAUUAACAGAAACUUUCCUAAACAUCUGUUUUCCUUCGGCAAAUUCACGGAAUUUCCUUAAGUCAAGGAGCAAUGAUAUAACAGGAAUCUGGCUGUGUAUUCUACAUGUUAAAUCAGAAAUAUGUAUUGAAUAUCAUAACUUCUUGGCAGUCAAUCUUAACUACAACUUUUUUAUCAGAAACUAAAGAUUGAUACAAAUUUGGAUGUCUCGCGACAUUUGUCUAGUCAUUUGAUUAAAAAAUUCCAUCUCAUUAUUUUUGGCAGGUUUUAUCUGUCUGUUGAUAUCCUUGAAUUAAUAUUUAACAAAAGUUUUAAAAAGCAAAAAACAUUCUCCGUACAGUAAAGCACUAUUUCACUCAUGGAGUGUAUGCAAAGUAUGAAAAUACUUCGGACUCUUGACAAAUGAGUUAUAGCUACUCAUGGCGAUUCCAGAAAUUGGAAAACUUAAAUCUAUAACAGAUAGAGAUGACCUUGACAACAUUGGCAUGGCGUCAUGGUCAUAUGAUAAUUUUAUACUUGGCCGAACUCAUUUGACUGGGCAAGACAGAACUAGAUCUACAUGGACCUUGGAUCUCCCACCUUCCAUAUUUAUGAAAUUCUAUAACCUUCCAUAUUUAUUAAAUUCUAUAAGUAUAAAAAAACUUUACAUAGAACAAAAACUGAUCUUUUAACAUUUCAAUUCUUGUAUAAGGCCAGAAAUAUUUUACUGGUAAAGCUCUAAUUAGUAGUGUCAUUUACAUAUUGCCAUUACACACUGAUUUCGACACUUGAUAAUAUAGGCACACAAACUUGGAUAAAUAAGGAAUCCUCAAUCAGUAGUCAUAAGUUGAAAAACAAUUAGGCAAAUUACUCCCCCCACCGGAUAUGCAAUUAUAUGACAAAAAUACACAGAUUAUAAAGCUCCUGUGACAAGUAAAGAAGGAGAGAGAGCCCUGACAAACUUUAACUUUGAUGUAGGUCAAAGGUCAAAAUGUAGGUCAUAUUGACCUACUUGCAAUACAUGACACACUGUCUCACCUAGGUGAGCCCAUGCCUCAAGUGUGAAGUUCCAGUGUCUAGCAAUGUAGGAGAUAGAGGCCUGGACAAAAUAAUGUGUGGAAGGAUGGACAGACACAUCACAAAACUUGAACUACCCCACCCCAGUUCCUGAUGGGGACAUGAUCAUCUGAAAAGACCUCAAGAAAGUUAAAGCCAUCAUAACUAAUAUAAAGGGGUUCAGGUAAUGUAGAUAUUCUUAUAUACGCUUCCACAUCAUUGUACUUACACAAACUAUAAAUCAGGUCUAGCCUAAGUUCAAACAACAAUUACACGUACAUAUAUAUUAGAUCUCCAGCCAGGCCUGAGGUUUAGGAAACAAUUAUUUUUUCACAACUACAAAUCUACUGAUAUUUCCAACCCACAGCAUCUUGUCAAGAAGAUAACUUUCACUGAGUAUUGGGAUGUUGAUACCAAAGUCCAAGUUUUGUAUUUUCUGAUGCCCAUAUUUUGAUAAUUAAUGCUUAGCAAUACAUUGUAGGGCUCCAUUGAACAUUUUGAAAAAUAUCACAGAUUCAUAUAUUCAGAACAUUUCAUAAGCAUUUAUAGUAUUAUAAAAAAAUUCAAAUAGUACAAUGUUAAAUUUCUUAAAGCAGUGGAGAAGUAAUCUGCACAGAUGUCAUUCAUCCAAUACAAAAUACAAAUGUAUAACCAUUGAUUUUAAUGAUUACUGAAACUGUAAGGUUAGGGCAGUGAAUUUAAAUGAAUCAGAAAUAACUUUUUGAAACUCUAAUGUUAUAUAGGUUUACUACUUAUUUACAGACCCAUGUCCAUACUACUGCCCAUUUAAACAAUCAAUUAAAAUCACAUAUUAUAACAAUCAUCCGAUGCCGACUGCGACAAGGCAUGCUUAUUAUUUACCAGUGACACAAGCAUACCUAUACACAUCUCCCAAAUACAAUAUUUGUUGAUUCACUAAUUAGGAAAGCCACCAAUGAUUAAUUACAUAUACAUGGAAUGAAAGGCAUGUAAAUAAAUUCACAAGUGGCUGGUCUGGUCAAGAUGAUGUGUACUAUCAUAUACAUACAGCACUACUUUUCUAUACAUGUAUUGUACUUCCACCCAAACAAAAUAAAACCCUAAGCGAAAA